AUGGAAGAAGGAGCCGUCCCAACACCCUCCGAGCCCCCUCCGCUCCCGUACUCGUUGCACACAAGGAAGAAGUCCAUUGCGUUCUUCUGGACUAUUUUCGUGAUCGAUACCUUGGCUCAGCCGUUGAUUCUGUAUUGGUGUCUUUGGUACCUCACCGAUCUAUCGCCCAACAUCGUCUUCUCGAUCGUUACCGCAUCGCUUGGAGGAGUCUCGGUCUUCGAAUACUUCUACCGCCUUCAUAAUUUAUUCCGCAAAAGCUCACGCGCCCGGCCCCUGAACUCCCGCGUAUCAUGGCUGGAUUUCUUCCAAAUCAACUUCACCAUCGUGUGGUUGAUUCUGGCCGUCGAAUUGAUCGUUGGAUCGGUACCUGAAGAACCAUAUGUACGCCUCAUCGCCAUGGUCCUACCAACCGUCAUGUUCUACUUCGGCAUCGUCUACCUUUCCCUCGACAUUUUCCGUAUGAUGGGCUUCAAGGCUCCAUUCCGAAUUUCUUCCACGCCCAAAGGCUCUGUUAUGCCAACUGCAUUGUACGCGCUUAUUGAGGACGUGGUAGCAGUUGACGGAGGUGGUGGACAGAUGUAUCGAUAUGCGCUCCGAAUUCGAUACCUAUCGAGUCCUUAUUUUCGCCGUAUGCUCUUUGAAAUGAACUGUUUCUGGAGUGGAGGGUCCAUCAUCUGCGCUGCCGCCAUUACCGCCAUUGUUUUCACUGUCCAGGAAAACGUUGCGUUUACGUUGGGCUGGUCCCUUCCGUUUGCCUGGGCUAUUGUGUGGACCUUGAUCACAAUUCCCUGGGUUAAGAGUGACCUGCGUCGUGAGAAGCAGGCGUGGGCCGAAAACCGUGGACAAGGAGGCAUCCGUUGGGUUGACGAUAUCAGCGCGCCCACUGCACGUACCCGCUUCGAGUCCGUCCAGGCUAAUGUCUGGCCCUGGACUCGUGAUAAUCAUCACCACCAUCCCUCGGCACCAUCCGAAGGCGUGGAGAAAAUAUCCGAUGAUGUCCCCGGAGUCUCCAAUGGAGCCCAUGAUGUCUCUAACGAUGCCUCCAGAAAUUCCCCUAAUGAGGCGUCUCACGUCACCGAUGGAACUUAUGAUGGAGCAACUCUUGGCUCCUCUUCCAAUGCCGAACCAUCUACGGAGAAAUUAUCCGUGUAA